UUUAAAAACUUCUCUCAAACCCACGUUUUCAUACGGACACACAAGUCACUCACUAGUGUUUGCUGUAACUGUAAAAAAGAAACCACACAAAAAGGUCUGCUUUUCGCAGAAGGGGGGAAAAAUGGCGAACCCUCCAAAGCCAUGGAAAGUGGAGUACGCGAAGUCAUCAAGAUCUUCGUGCAAGACUUGCAAAAAUUCUAUUGAUAAGGAAAAUUUAAGGCUUGGAAAGAUGGUCCAAGCCACCCAAUUCGACGGUUUCAUGCCUAUGUGGAACCAUGCAGCAUGCAUCAUGAGGAAAGCAAAGCAGAUAAAAUCGGUCGAUGAUGUUGAAGGCUUAGAACUGCUUCGUUGGGAAGAUCAGCAGAAAAUAAGGAAGUAUGUUGAUGAUAGUGCUGUGUCCUCUACUCCUAUUCCCACGGAGUUAGAAUGUGGUGUUGAGAUUUCGCAAACGUCUCGUGCUACUUGUAGGAUUUGCAACCAGAAAAUUAUGAAGGGAGAGAUUCGCAUAUCAACCAAACCUGAAGGUCAAGGUGCUAGGUCACUUUCCUGGAAUCAUGCCAAAUGUUACCUGGAGACCUCACCAAGCUCUGCAGUCGAUAAAUUUUCUGGAUGGGGCUCUCUUUCAGACACCGAUCGUGCUACUCUUCUUUCAUUCGUGAAAGAGAAUCCUUCCCGAUCAAAAGGCAAAGAAGUAUUGCACGAAGAAUCAAUACCCAAAGAGGGCACUAAGCGGAAAAGAGCUGAUGAAAGUAAUUCGAAAGCAAAAAUUUCUAAAUCUAGUGGGGAUGCUUCUUCAAACAAGAUUAAACAGUUGGAAGACGGACAAUCCAAAGCGUCUAACCUGGAAAGCCAACUGGAAAAGCAGACGAGAGCAUUAUGGGCCCUCAAAGAUGAUCUCAAAAAGUAUGUUAGUACUUCGGAGUUGAGAGAGAUGCUUGAGGCAAAUGAACAAGACUCGAGAGGGUCUGAACUUGAUCUACGAGAACACUGUGUUGAUGGGAUGUUCUUUGGGGCACUUGCAAAAUGCCCCAUGUGUUCUGGUUGGCUCCGGUACUCCUCAGGCUUAUAUAGAUGCGGUGGGUUUUUAUCAGAGUGGACUAAGUGUUCAUAUUCCACUUCCGAACCUCAACGUGUUAAGGGAAAGUGGAAAAUCCCUGAAGAUUCAACUAAUGACUAUCUUCUCAAGUGGUUCAAGUCGCAAAAGGUGAAAAAAGCAGAAAGAGUGCUACCUCCCAAUUCGCCUUGUGGGCCAUCGGGUACUCAAGCUUCUAAUCAGCUAAGUCAGUCAUCCAAGCUUGAAAAUAUUGGCGAUUUAAAAGUUUCCUUUUUUGACGUACCUAGUGAAUCAGUGGUUGAGUGGAAGAAAAAAAUUGAGGAAGCAGGUGGACAAGUUCAUCCAAAGAUAAAAAAGGAGACCAAUUGCUUAGUUGUGACUAGUGGGUUUGAUGGCAAUGCUACUGAGGUUAAAAAGGCAAGGAGGAUGAAAAUACCAAUCGUGAGGGAAGAUUAUAUAGCAGAUUGCAUUAAACGGCAGAAAAAACUCCCUUUUGAUUUGUACCGAGUAGAAAGCAUGGAAAAGAGACAUGAGGUGGCGACAGUCAAAGUCAAGGGUCAAAGUUCCGUGCAUGAGUCUUCUGGGUUACAAGAUUCGGGACACAUUCUGGUGGAUGGAAAGAGUAUUUAUAAUACAACUUUGAGUAUGUCUGAUCUAUCAACUGGGAUCAAUAGUUAUUAUAUUCUUCAAAUCAUUCAAGAUGACAAAAGCUCGGAUUGUUAUGUAUUUCGUAAAUGGGGUCGAGUUGGAAACGAGAAAAUCGGUGGAAAUAAGCUCGAAGAAAUGUCUAAAUCCGAUGCGAUACAUGAAUUUAAACGGCUGUUUCUAGAGAAGACUGGAAAUUCAUGGGAGUCAUGGGAAGGUAAAAAGGAUUUUCACAAGCAACCUGGAAGAUUUUAUCCACUGGACAUUGAUUAUGGGGUGAAAGAUUUGACCACAAAGAAACAACUUGAUUUCAAAAGCACCCGUCUUGCGCCUCAGUUGGUGGAACUAAUGAAGAUGCUAUUUAAUGUGGAAACAUACAGGGCUGCUAUGAUGGAGUUUGAGAUCAAUUUGUCCGAAAUGCCCCUAGGGAAGCUCAGCAAAAAUAACAUUCAAAAAGAGACUCUUAUAGUCGAUGCUAGCAACCGUUUUUUCACAGUUAUUCCUUCUAUUCAUCCACAUGUUAUCAAGGAUGAGGAUGACUUCAAAGCAAAGGUGAAAAUGCUUGAAGCACUUCAAGAUAUUGAAAUAGCUUCCAAAUUAGUCGGUUUUGACGGUCAUAGUAGCGAAUCCAUUGAUGACAAGUACGAGAAGUUACAAUGUCAUAUUUCUCCUCUUUCUCAUGACGAUGAAGACUUUAAACUCAUCGACAAGUAUCUUCAAAGUACUCAUGCGCCCACUCAUACUGAAUGGGCUCUUGAAUUGGAGGAAGUGUUUUCUCUUAAUAGGGAAGGAGAAAUCGACAAAUAUGCCCCUUAUCGAGCAAAACUCAAGAACAAAAUGCUUCUCUGGCAUGGAUCACGUUUGACAAAUUUUGUCGGUAUUCUAAGUCAAGGGUUGAGAAUUGCUCCUCCAGAGGCUCCAGCAACAGGCUACAUGUUUGGGAAGGGAAUUUACUUUGCUGACCUUGUCAGUAAAAGUGCUCAGUACUGUUAUACAGACAAGAAGAGUCCUGUGGGGCUUAUGCUUCUCAGUGAAGUUGCCUUAGGCGAGGUUUAUGAGCUUACAAAGGCACAGUAUAUGGAUAAGCCUCCAAGAGGGAAGCACUCAACAAAAGGCUUGGGCAAGAAAGUACCACUGGAAUCGGAUUACGCAACAUGGAAGGACGAUGUGAUUGUACCUUGUGGAAAACCGGUCGCAUCAAAAGUCAAGGCAUCAGAGCUCAUGUACAAUGAGUAUAUCGUCUAUAAUACAGCUCAGGUGAAAAUGCAGUUUCUAUUGAAGGUGAGGUUCCAUCACAAAAGAUGAUCUAUUUUCCAAAUAGUUGGCGUCGUUUAAAGAACAACAAUGCCGUUUUGUGUAAAGUGUUUUUGUGAUCUUGCCCGUUGAAUUUCAUAUGAUAUCACCGUUCAGUUUUCUACGGAGAUUUUCCUAAUUUGGUUUGGCGGGAAUUUUGUAUUUGUUAGGUCUCGUUUUGGGGUUUGCUAGGAGAUCUAAUUCACUGUUCUGGGUCUGUUUAACUAGGGUUUAUUUUGAUGGAUUUUCAAGAUAAUGUGAUACUUUUUUUCCAGACGUAGACUAUGAAACUUUUAUAUGUUUAUGUUUUCUUAGUGUCACGAAAAUUGAAAUUAUG